UUAUUUGCUCAUAGCAUAAAAUAAAUCGCUUGCUGCAUGACAUUUCACUUUUGUGCAGUUUUCGUAUGGUUGGUUUAACGAAUUCUAAAAUUCGUAAGUUUCCUCUAGUUUAUUCCGCAAACCUCACCUAUUUGUGAAGGAUACAGAAGCAACAGUUCCAGUUAAUUCACCGGCCAUGGACAACGUGUUGAGUCUGUAUAAACAAUUGAAAACGGAAUGGACAAAGAGCCCCAUCAAUCUUAAGCUUUGUGGAACGCUGCUUGAUAAAUUGAAGAUUGCACUUACUGAGCUAUCUUACCUGCCCAGCAAUAGCCAGGCAUCCCAGCAGGAGCUAUUGAUUGCACGCGACGUUCUGGAAAUAGGUGUCGAGUACAGUGUAGCAACGAAGAAUAUCCUCUCUUUCGAGAGGUAUAUUUCUCAGCUCAAAUGCUACUACUACGAUUACAAAAAUGAAAUCGGAGAAUCAAAGAACAAAUAUCAGCUUCUGGGAUUAAAUUUGCUGUUCCUCUUAUCGCAGAACCGAGUUGCUGAGUUCCACACUGAGCUGGAAUUGCUCCCAGCCGAUACCAUUCAAGCAAACGAGUACAUCCGUCACCCGCUAGCACUAGAGCAAUACUUCAUGGAAGGACGCUACAAUAAAAUCUUCCAAGCUAAGGGAAAUGCACCGGCAGAAAGUUACAAUUUCUUCAUUGACAUCCUACUGCAAACGGUUCGGGACGAAAUUGGCGCUUGCUUGGAGAGCUCUUACGAAAAGGUUUCCCUUCAGGAAGCAGCCAAGAGACUAAAUUUGAAGACUAAAGAAGAAGUCAAACAGUUUGGCGAAAAGAAAGGUUGGAAGCUCAACUCGGAUGGUUUCUAUCACUUUGUUAGUGAGCUAGUUAAACCCAAGGAACCAAUCCCGUCAAGAGAGCUGGCCGAACAAGCAAUUUUCUAUGCUCGCGAGCUUGAGAUGAUUGUCUAAUACGGAUAAUUUCUUUUGUAUACCUAACCUAAAUAAGCCAGCUGUUCUGUUUUGAAGUGAUCUUUGUUUUAAUUAAAAUCAGAUACCUAACAAAUAAAUACAGAACCGUAACGGUCAUAAUACAUAAAGACAACGGAUGUAAUGUUCAA